GGCAAUGUCGGAACUGAUGAGACAUCCAGCAGUGAUGAAGAAACUCCAGCAAGAAUUGAAUCAGUGGUGGGAUUGGAUCAAAUGGUUGAAGAAUCACAUUUGACAAACUCAAAUACUUGGACUGCGUGGUCAAGGAAGUCCAUGCGUCUCCAUCCUGUGGUGCCCCUCUUAAUCCCUCACGAAUCCAUGGAAGACUGUGAGCUCCAGGGUUUCUACAUACCGAAGAAAUCAAGAGUUAUGGUGAACGCGUGGGCUAUAGGAAGGGAUCCUGAUGUUUGGGCUGACCCGGACUCUUUUACACCGGAGAGGUUCAUUGGAAGCGAUAUAGACCUGAGAGGCCGCCAUUUCCAGCUCAUACCCUUUGGUUCGGGUAGGAGGGGCUGCCCGGGGCUGCAACUAGGUCUGACCGUGGUGAAACUGGUGGUGGCGCAAUUGGUGCAUUGCUUUGAUUGGGAGCUUCCAAAUGGUAUGAAGCCUAGUGAAAUAGACAUGUCUGAGCACUUUGGUUUGGUGACGGCUAGAGCUAAGCAUCUCAUGGCCAUUCCUACUUAUCGCCUACAUCCUCAAUGUUAUUUGCACGAAUAA